AUGGCGAUAGUACGUGUGGUCAGAGGCAACCGCGGUUGCGGUCUUGUGGUGGCUGCGGUGUUUUCUGUGUUCACUCUUCUGGCGCGGUUCACGGAAGGAGCUUCAUCAGGCAAUGUGGUCGCCUGUGAUGUCUCAUCUACGUCUCACACAUAUCCGGUGACAGUAACGCCUUCCUUACCUUCGUUCCAAAUUACUUGCUCACCGGGGGGUGCCACGGCGAUUCCAUCUACAUUCGCGGCCGAUCAAAAAGUGUGUACUGGUACAGUGGCUGCGGCCUGCUCAACCUCCCAGGCAUUAAAAGAAUUGAUACCAUCCGCGCAGCCAGGGUGGUGGGUGAGUAAAAAUUUUCCCACGAGUGCCAUUCAGUUCACCAUUCCCUCGGGGAGCUUUCCACGAUAUACCCCGGCUCCAUUUUUUUUGGGGUGCACGAAAUCAUCGAAGAAUUGCUUGGUUACGGUUGCCGUACAACCGACCCCAGCGCAGUACAACCAGGCCACGCAGACAGUCACUUGCGCGUACGACCAGAAUAACACCUUCCAGGUGACGCUUUCUCCUUCAUCGAACAAGUUCACCUUGAAUUGCGGCCCCAACGCGGUAGUCCAACCGACAGCAAUCCAAACCAGCUACUGUCCACAGGGGAUUACAGCGACAGGAUGCAGCGGGGGGGCCGCAGCUCAACCAUACAAGACCAUAUUUCAUAGCUACCCUUCAUCAGGUGGGUGGUGGACUGGAGAGGUUGACUCAGAUCAAGGAGGAGUAUUUACAGUACCGUCGAGCGCUUUCUCGUCCACGAGCUCCUCUUUCUUCGUUGGUUGCGCUGGACCAGAGAGGAGUGUGGCGGCACACAACGUUUGCUCCGUGCAGGUGACAGUCGCUGCCAUUACACCAACCGCAACUGAAUCUUCGGCAAAAGGAGUGUCUGUCGGUUGGCGCGAGUGGGUACUGAUCGCAACUGCCGUUGUUGGCGGCAGAUCGCUUUCAGUGUAG